CCGGCGCUUUACUAUGUAGGUGGGGCGAAGGAGGCCGCAGCACAGCACUGUCAAGAAGUUUUUCGACUUCACAUUGUCGUUGUUGCAACGUCUCUUUUUUUUCUUGCUAAGAAAUACAACAUAAAACAAGACAGGUGGUGUGAGGGAAAAGUGGUGUGAUAAGAGGAGUGUGAGGCGGAAACGGACGCAGCCAUGGACGGUGUGUACGGAUGGGGCAUGACCCCUAUUAACCCAGUCCAACCAGCGACCCCUUACAUAGAGAUCAUCGAGCAGCCGAAGCAGAGGGGGAUGAGGUUCCGCUAUAAAUGUGAGGGUCGCUCAGCUGGCAGCAUUCCUGGAGAGAAAAGCAACGACACCACUAAGACCUACCCGGCCAUCAAGGUUCACAACUACAGCGGCCCGCUCCGGGUCCGCAUCUCCCUGGUGACAAAGAACCCUCCGCACAAGCCCCACCCCCACGAACUGGUUGGGAAAGACUGCAAACAUGGCUACUAUGAGGCCGACCUGCAGGAGAGACGAAUCCACAGUUUUCAGAACCUGGGCAUUCAGUGUGUGAAGAAGAAGGAUGUCAACGAGGCCAUCACUUGCAGACUGCAGACCAGCAACAACCCCUUCAGCAUUCCUGAGCCCAAGGUGUGGGAGGAAGAGUUUGACCUGAAUUCUGUGCGACUUUGCUUCCAGGCGUCCAUCACCCUUCCCACGGGGGACAUGUUUCCUCUGCCGCCCGUCGUCUCGCAGCCCAUCUUUGACAACAGAGCCCCGAACACAGCCGAGUUGAAAAUCUGCAGAGUGAACCGUAACUCCGGCAGCUGCAGAGGAGGGGAUGAAAUCUUCCUCCUCUGCGAUAAAGUGCAGAAAGAGGACAUCGAGGUGCGGUUCUACCAGGACUCCUGGGAGGGGAAGGGCACGUUCUCUCAGGCUGACGUCCACCGGCAGGUGGCCAUUGUGUUCCGCACGCCUCCCUAUCGCGACACUAACCUCAGCGAGCCCAUUAAGGUGAAGAUGCAGCUCAGACGGCCCUCUGACCGUGAAGUCAGCGAGCCGAUGGACUUCCAGUUCCUACCUGCUGACCCAGAUGAAUACAGGCUGUCUGAGAAGAGAAAGCGUACAGGAGACAUGUUCCAGAACUUGAAGCUGGGAUCUAUGUUAUCAACUGUGUCCGUUCCACAAGACAGACGGCACAUAAACCUCGCACGGAGACCAGUUGCAGCUAAACUGAGUUCAAUGAACACACAAGCAGCAGCAGAGGUUGCACCUUCUGCCAGUGGGUUGAAACCCUUCUCAUACAAUCAACCAGGACAGCUGUUCUCAGUCCAGCCAAAGGUUGAAGCAUCUUCGUCCAUCUCUACGGCGACUACCAACCAAACCUGGAAGAUCAUGGAGAGCUUGAAGCUGGGCCCCACCAACCCGGUGCAGACCUUCACGAUGAGCUCCGUGUCGGCCCCUUCCUCCUCCACCGCCUCCACCGCUGCCAACAACGAGUACUCCACCGUCAACCUGUCCGACCUUCACGAGUUCUUCCCCAACAUUUCCUCCCCCAUGGCCGAGGAGUCCGCGGCUCCUCAGGGAAGCGCCGCCGCCCCACAGACUGGCAGCACCUUCCCCCUGCAGGAGUCCCAGUUUCGGGUAGACCCCCCGCUGGUGGACGACGAGAUCCCGGACUUCUCCAACUUCACCGACGCUCCGGUGCCAGGCACCCUGGACAGCCUCAACAUGGAUGAAUUCGAGGACCUUCUGAACCCGCGCCUAAUGAGCGAGGGCGGAUCUGCCGCGUCCAUGCUGACAUCUUCCCAACAUGGAGUCCUCUCCAGCUCGGCUGCUGCGUCCCACAACGGCGCCUCGUCCCAGAACCUCCCAGACCACGUCAACAACCCAGGAAGCACCUACAUGAAUUACCCCAACAGCAUCGCCAACCUGCUCCGGAACGAGGACAUGAUCAUCCUGGCGUCCAGCACCAACAACAACCAGCAGCCCGCCGUGCUGGAUGACUUCGACGUGCUGAUGUCUGCCGACGAAGACCGCCUCAUCUCCAUUUUUAACAGCGGGAGCCAAGCUGGCUUUGUGUCAGGACACCCAACUUAAUUGUUUCCCCCCCAAAGAUGAUUUGUAAAUCUCUUCCCUAAAGACUCACUUAUUAAUACAGACACAAUAAAGGAUGCUGGACUGAAAAAGGCUCAAAGAGGCUUAAGGUAGCAAAAGUUCUCCCUGUGGAGAAACUCAUAGACUAUUACCAAAUGAGAAACCACAGGACUGAACGCGUCUUGAUUUUAUUCAGCUCGUUGAAAACAAACAUGGAUAAUGAUUUACCUCUAGUAAAGACUGGGUGUGGGUCAACAUGAGGUCGUCACAGUGGUUUAAAUUUGAAUUGAAAAUACCAUGAUACCAUGGUAUUUACUCAACUGUUUGUUUAAAAUGGCCACCAAUCUCCUUGCUUUGCAACAUUUCUUCUUGACUGGAAGUGUGCAGCAACAGGUGGGGGCAGCACCUACAGGAACUUCGGUUUGUUGGAAACAUUUUUACAGUUAAAAAAACCAAAAUGUUUAAGGUUACCGAUGAAGCUGGCCUAUGCCUAGUAAAGACGUUUUGACCAAUACGUCAGUAAGGUUGUUCUGAAUAGAACAUGCGUAGCUUGUUUUUUGAGGUUUUUUUGUACUGUCAGUGGAAUAAUUUUUGGUAGCUAAAAUAAUUUUCUUCACAGUAGGGCUGGGCGAUGAGGCUGGACAUUAAAUUUGAAAUUAAAUUUCUUGUUUAAUUACAAGAAAACAGACCAAGUAUUAGCAGAAUAACGACACAAUUUAACCAGAACUAAAAUUACAAAAAAAAAGAGUCCUUUUGAUUAGGGGGAAAAAAGGCUUCGAGAUCUAACGUGAGCCUUUCAGUGAGCGCGGUUUUCUACAAAAUGAACUUUCAAUGUCCUGCUGCUGAUAAUUUGGGUUUAAACCCCCCCCCCCCCAAAAAACAGCGAUGCCAAGGUAUAACUUAAAAAAAAAAGCUCAAUAUUCUUUAUUGAAUUUUUUAAUUUUUAAUGGAGGAGUUCUCAUAAAAUUAUUACUGCAUUCUUUUUAUAUUACAACUGUACUCUGGUGAUACUAUCGCUUUAUUCUCACAUUAUUUUGACUUUAUUCUCAUAUUGAUACGACUGUAUUCUUGUAAUACUUUGACCUUAUUUUCGGAAUUAAAACAUCUUUUUAAAUUCUGGCCUAAUAUUCUAACCUGAAAAAAAUCAACAUCCCCUUCUCCUACGCUUCACUUUGUCCAGAAGUACCGGACCCUCAGCUAUCGAGAAACAAUUGCUUCGUUAAGGCAUGAACUCUAUUGAAGUUUUUAACUUUAAACCAACCGCUAACGUUUGUCCGUGUCUUAUGUUAUGCGCCGGUUCGAUGCUAUAAAGCUUCCGGAAAUUGCCUGCGCUGUAAGCAACCAUCCUCUGCUUAACCAUCUUAACGUUAAUUCCAUAUUUGGAGACAUGGCCAACAUGGACUAAACGACUGUUCACUUCCUCCGGUGCCACCCCUAAAACUACAGGCAGACUAUUUGUAAUUCUAAAACGGCUCAGAAAAAACGACACAGUCGUGCACUACUUCUCCUGUCUGCUGAUUGGCCCGGUCAAAGUUCUACCGGUGGAAUCCAAGUGAAUGGGAGGUGAAAAUGGAGCGGAAAUGCUUAGUAAGACAGUGGCCAGGUUUCUAAUAUUCCCGUCAUGCAGUUGACCUGAAUUCAAAGUCCAAAUAAAUACAAGCCGUAAAAGAUGCUUGUUGAGCAAGAUGAGCUGUGGGUGUGCUGUCAUCAUUAUGAACUAUAAAAAAGGAAUGCAUUGGUGGGGGUGGGGGGGGGAGAUUUUCCACAAAUUAAAUCUUCAAAACCCCCAAAAUUUGAUUUUGAUUUUAUCGCCCAGCCCUACUCCACAGAAGUGUUUGAUCUUGCUUUUUGUGUUGAAAAAUGAACAGGCUGGUACUCCUUAGAAUGUAAUCUAAUCUAGAGGGAAGCCUAUGCAAAUCCAGUGUUGCUAUUAUCCAAUACCACCUUCAAUUAACUUUGAUUAUUAAUUAGGGAUGCACUGAUGAAAACACAGUCGAUGCCGAUAUUUAUAUUACUGCUAUGGCUGGUAAUUGAUACUAUAUAUAUAUAUGUUUCCCUACCCUUUCAACAACCACACUGCUGACAUCACCAUCAAUAGCUGUGUUUCCAUUGACUAUAUAAUUGUGCAAAUUGGAAUUGUGAAAUAAAAUUUGCUUAAUAGAAACGUAAAAAAAAUAAGUUUUGCACAAGGAUGAAGUAAUUUCAUGGCUGUAUCAAAACUAAUGUAUUUUGCAGAACUGUAAUGGAACCACUUUUUUUUUUACAUCACCAGUCAUGUGAUCAACAAUGGAUGUUACUACUGGAAAAAGGACAAGAGGACAGGAAGUAGCAGGAUGGUGGUGUGGCAUGUUUUUUUUGUUUUUUUUAUUACCUCGAGUAAACACACUUUCUCACGUGAUUUUAAUUUCAUUUCUUACAUAGUAGAAAAACCACAAUUGCAAGUGUUUUAUUUUUUUACAUUAGCGGAAUAUCUACAAAGUUUUGCGCGCACUUGUGAUGGAAAAUGCAGCUAUUGUCACGUGACUAAACAAAUACCACUUACGAUCCCCUGCCAAAACUUUGAUUGCAUCAGCCCAGUUUUACUUGCGGAACCAGUAUGUAAAAAAAA